CACAAUUCACAAAACGCUCAAAAGCCAAAAGCAGCUCUUCAGUUUCUCUACUGGCUAGCUACCUACCAGUAGUCCAACACCGCAACCGAUACCCCCCAAAUCCUCCUCCUACGUAGAUAGCAAAAUAGUAGCAGAGUCCCACCCCCAUUGCACACAAGGAAGGAAAGACCAUGGAUGACAAGAGUUUCAAGGACGAAGGCAGCGACCAUGGAAGCAGUGCUGGAGAAGAAGCAGGCAGUUGCAGCGUUCUCGAUGUCAGCAGCAGCAACAACAAGAAUGACCGACAAGAGAUCGUGCAUCGUUUGAAACAAGAGCUUCGAAAGCAAGACAACACCAGCGCUGUUCGAGCCUUGCGGAUCAUGGUGCUGGGGCUCUUGUUUGCGGCGGCAGCCGGUGUCUCGCUCGGGUUGUUCUUUUAUGCUACCAACGAAGAACAAGAUGACUUUGAAACGGCCUUUGAGAUUCACGCCACCAAGAUCCUCGAGUCGUUUAGCAACACCUUGGAACGUCGAUUGGUGGCCUUUGAUACGCUGGCCAACACCAUUACCAACUAUGUCCAUUCCACUCCGGGAGUGGAGUUCCCGUUUGUGACGCUGCCCAACUUUGAAGUGGCAGGAGCCGGUUACCGCGUCCAAGGCAGCAACGCCAUUGUCCAUUUCAUGCCCAUGGUGACCAACGAGAAACGAGAAGCCUGGGAAGUCUAUUCCUUGGAGAAUCGAUUUCACAUUGAUAGGUCCUUUCUACGAGACAAGACUCUGAGACAAAACCAAGAUGCUGCCUUUGAAGACUUGCUCACCACCAUGGAAGCGGCGGAAGAGUCGGCUGGCAAGCAAAAGAGCGAUGAGGGACAACGGUCUUUGCAGCAAGGACAAGCAGCAGCAGAAACAGAGGAGCAAGAACCUGAAAUCUACAAUAUUACAUUGGAAAGGAACAACGUAACCGAAACGUUUACGGUGGAGGACAAUGUGCUGCAGGAUGGCACCGGCUUUCACCCCAAGCUUUAUUUUAGAAGUCCAGCUACGGGUGUCGCGGUACUGCCACCCAGGUCGGGUCCAUUCUUUCCCCUUUGGCAACGGUCUCCUGUCAACGUUGUCAAGCAAGGAACUCUCAAUCUCAACUUUAUGGAGGGAGUCACCCUCAAGGGAGUCUUGCCCUAUUUACUGGAAGACCCCAAGUGCCUCGUCAAUAGGGCCAUCAUUCUACCGCAAAACGAGGACGGCAACUUCAAAAAGAAUCUCCUGUUGAGUCAAUACCGACACUCGGUGGACGAGUACAGCUGGGAUCCCGUCUCAUUUGCUGUCUACCCCAUCUUUGAUGACUUUUACAAUCCUACCGAGUCGGUUCAACAUCAUCGUGAUCAUCUCGCGGGGGUCCUCGUGACAAACUUUUAUUGGCGCCUCUACUUCCAAGACAUUCUUCCCGCCGAUGCCAAGGGUAUCAUCCUCGUCUUGUCGAAUUCAUUCAACCAGACAUUCUCGUACAGAGUGGAUGGACCCGAUGUCACCUUCUUGGGAGAAGUGGAUCCUGUGGACAUGUACCAAAAGUACAAAGACAUGGGUGUCACCGUGGAUGCGACGUCGUAUGCAAAAAGUCGAGCUCGCCCGGAAACCAGGACGUAUACGACUGUCCCACUUCACGACACCUUUGGUGUCUACACCCUCAGCGUCUACCCAUCCGCGGAUACGGAAAACGAGUAUACUUCCAAGCAACCGCUCAUCUUUUGUCUCGUUGUGGCCACUGUCUUUAUUUGUACCGUGUUGGUCUUUAUUCUGUUCGAUUGUUUGGUGGAACGAAGGCAGCGGAUUGUGCUGAACAGAGCACUCCAGUCAGGAGCCUUAGUGUCGAGUUUGUUUCCCGAACAAGUGCAGAAUCGGCUCUACGAUGAACAUUCUGGGAACAUCGGGAGGCGCAAACAAGACGAAGAGACCGCAUGGAAGGUUGGCGACGGGCAAGAUAAUGUGGAAGGUGUUGGUCAAAUCGCAGAUGUCUACAACAACACGACAAUCUUCUUUGCGGAUUUGGCCGGAUUCACCAAAUGGAGUUCCACCAGACAACCAAAAGACGUGUUUUUGCUCCUCGAGACUCUGUAUAGUGCCUUUGAUAACAUUGGCGAACGGCGUAAUGUCUACAAAAUUGAAACCAUCGGAGACUGUUACGUGGCAAUUACUGGCUGCCCAACGCCCCAAGUCAAUCACACAGUGAUCAUGGUCAAGUUUGCGAGAGACUGCCUGAAUAAGAUGGGCCAGUUGACGCACAAGCUCGCAGAUACGUUGGGAGAAGACACCUUAGAUCUGGGUUUCCGUGUCGGUCUUCACAGUGGCCCUGUGACGGCAGGUGUGCUCCGUGGAAAAAAGGCACGGUUCCAGCUCUUUGGCGACGCUGUCAAUGUGGCUAGCAGAAUGGAGAGCAAUGGUGUACCAGGAAAGAUCCACGUUUCGCAGGCGGUGGCGGAUGAACUGAUUGCUUCUGGAAAUGGCUCCUGGUUGACCCCCCGGGAAGAUAUGAUCGUUCCCAAAGGUAAAGGAACUAUGCAAACCUAUUUUGUACGGGUAGCAUCCAGCCCUGGGACAAGCAAGAGUCACCUGUCUUCGCUUUCAAAAGCCACCAGUGAUCGUAGCAAGAGUACCGGUACUAGCGCUGAACCCACGGUCGAGUCCAAGAGCUCUUUGGCUUCGAUCCGUUCGGCGGACGAGGGAACAAAGGAGGAAGAUGACUGGAUCGAGCAACCAACGAAUGAAGAGCCGGAUGCAACCACUAACAGUUGGGUUUAGACCCUCAGGAGGAGGAUGUGGAUGUGGUAGAUGAGUUUGCAUAAGAUUGUGUGCAUUUGUUUGAAGUCCAGCUAACUUGGACUAUUAAAAUAUAUAACUAGCUUGAUUGCAUACGGUACCGUAGCUUGGUUGUCUGGUUCUCACCCUGGCAAAUGCACAC